UUGUUCGACGAGGGUUACAUAGUGCCUUACUCGUAGUACAUUGCUCGAUUGGCUAUGCAGAAACACGCCAAUAAGCAAGCAGUCAAGGCUCGCGGGGUACUGGCCGGCUCCUCCCUUGCGCAGCAUGCAGCCUCCGUAGCGUCGGCCUACUGCCUCUAUCGUGUUUACGCCUGGAGUGUGGUCGAGUACUAUCCUUUCGGCGAAGCCUACUUGGACACGCCACCCCUACCAGUGACCCCAAACUCGUGUCCACUCAAGUUCACAGCCUCUGGUGCGGCAAAUGGCGGGUUCAUUCCUGUGCAAGACGCCGACCAAGUCGAAACCAACUCUGCAUUUGUCAUGCUGAAUGGAGAGAACCAAGGAUUAUGGGUAUCAUGGCACGAAGACGACCUCAACAAAAAAAAAGACGUUGAUCUGUCCAUGUGUGCGCAGGCGUUGGCGUCGUUUGGUGCCAAAGCCUUUGGCAAACGCGGGGUGGAUGUCGACCAAGCCACCUUGUACGACCAGAUGGGUCGGAUGCUUCCUCGGCAUUCAUGGGACACAGUCGCGACUCGUGUGCAUGUGCUUCUAGACCAAGAAGUGUGGGUGUGGCCAGGCAUUGAAGUGGGCCAUGAAUGGAUGGUGGAUGGUGUGCGAUUGAAAACGCUGUCGUUGUCGCCCAAGGCGAUCUUCGUGUCCAAGUUCCUUUCCCCCGAAGAAUGUCAGCAUGUGAUUGACCUGGGCAAAGACAUGUUGCAACCGUCGCCGUCAGUCUCCCAGUUUAAUUUGAAAGGGUUGGACCGUUAUCGCACGAGUUCCACCGCAUUCAUGGGCCACUUGCCGUUCAGCCAAGAGGUCAAGACCCGUGGCGCGAGCUUGGCUCGACUCCCCUCGCGCGAGUUCAUUGAAGACAUUCAAUUGGUGCGGUACGAGGACGGGCAAAUGUACAAGGUGCACACAGACUACUUCACGCACUUGGACGUCGGUGCCGAGGUGAACCCCCCCGCCCUGAAAUCGUUUUCCCAUUGGAUCACGUGGGUGCAGCGAUUGAACGUGAUCAGCCCACACCACCCCCUGUACCCCCGCCACAGUGCCGCUUUCGAGUUGCAGCUGGCCACACUCUUGUUGCAACCGCAUUCCAUAGUCAAUGACGCUAUGUGGAAGUACCUUGGACCAGCGUGGAAAGUGUGGAUGCAAGAGCACGUCGCGCUCAAGUCGGACUACAUUGUGUCGUCCAUGAUCUCGGCGUUUCGACCAGUCAACCCCGUCGUGCCGCUGUGUUACAUUCGACAACGAUGGGAAGAGGUCGUGGGGGUUCCUGACGCAACCUUCCGGUACGCAGAGGCAAGACGUGGGAGCUACUUAGAAUGGAUGGUUGUAGGUUGCCGCUGCUGGCCAAGUACAUUGAGCCCAAUCGCCAUGCGACGUUGUUUCUAUAUUUAAACAAUGUCGACGAAGGCGGUGAAACGGUGUUUCCGCUGCAUCCAACCCCGCCCGGCAACGUGACAACCAGGGCCGGCAUGCCCGAGUGCUCGCGUGGACUAGCUGUGCGUCCCCAAGAAGGGGGAGGCGUGUUGUUCUACUCCAAGCACCCGUCCGGGGAGAAUGACUAUCGGAGUUUGCACGGCGGGUGUCCCCCCGCCAACGGAAGCAUCAAGUGGGGCAGCAAUGUAUUCAUGUGGAACGUACCGGCGGAGCGAGGCCAACGACUGUGGAAGUUUUGGUAGCUAGCUUCCAUCGCCAUUCGUUUUCACACGUAGAUUGUACGAACCAUUGAUAACGUUGCAUGUAUACUGUAUUCAGUCAUAGUCGAACGUGAACAGUAACUCUAGGCUGUAUUAAUACAGUAUCAUGCAAUCACA